GCCAUCUUCAGAAUAAAGGACGAAGAGAUCAGGGAGAAGUGCGGUGAGGAUGCUGUUCACUAUCUGUCCUUCCAGCGUCACAUCAUCGGCCUGCUGGUCGUCGUCGGCGUUCUCUCUGUCGGCAUCGUCCUGCCCGUCAACUUCUCCGGAGACCUGCUGGAAAACAACGCCUACAGCUUCGGACGCACCACGAUAGCCAACCUGAAGUCUGGGACGAAUCUGCUGUGGCUGCACACUUCGUUCGCCUUCAUGUACCUGCUGCUGACCGUCUACAGCAUGAGGAGGCACACCUCCAAGAUGCACUACAAGGAGGACGACCUGGUGAAACGCACUUUAUUCAUCAACGGCAUCUCGAAGUACGCUGAGGAGAGUCAGAUCAAACAGCACUUUGAGCAGGCCUAUGAGAACUGCACAGUGCUCGAGGCUCGAAUCUGCUACAACGUGGCCAAACUGAUGUCUCUGAACGCUGAGAGGAAGAAGACGGAGCGCAGUAAGAAGUUCUUCACUGACCUGAUGGCGAAGGAACACGUUCCCACCAUGAUCAACCCCAAACCCUGCGGACACCUCUGCUGCUGUGCCAUCACCGGCUGCGAGGAGGAGGAGGCGGUGAGCUACUACACCAAGAGGGAGUCCAAGCUGAAGGAGGAGUACAGGAAGGAGAAGGAGAAGGUCCACACCAAACCACUGGGCAUGGCCUUCGUCACCUUCCAGAACGAGUCCAUGACUGCAAUUAUUUUGAAGGACUUUAACGCCUGCCAGGUUCAGGGCUGUCGGUGUCGUCAGGAGCCACAGUCCUCUCAGUUCAGCGAGGUUCUUCACGUUUACAACUGGAGUGUUUCGUACGCGCCCGACCCGCAGAACGUCCGCUGGGAGCACCUGUCGCUGGGCGGGAUCUCCUGGUGGAUCCGCUGCUUCAUCAUCAACUGCAUCCUCUUCAUCCUGCUCUUCUUCCUCACCACGCCCGCCAUCAUCAUCUCCACCAUGGAUAAAUUCAACGUCACCAAGCCCGUGGAGUAUCUCAACAACCCCAUCGUGACCCAGUUCUUCCCCACGCUGCUGCUCUGGGCUUUCUCCGCUUUGCUGCCCACCAUCGUCUACUACUCAGCCUUCUUCGAGGCUCACUGGACCAGGUCUGGAGAAAAUAGGACGACGAUGCACAAAUGUUACACCUUCCUGAUCUUCAUGGUUCUGCUGCUGCCGUCUCUCGGACUCAGCAGUCUGGACGUGUUCUUCCGCUGGCUCUUUGAUAAGAAGUUCCUGGCUGAUGCCAAAGUCAGGUUUGAGUGCGUCUUCCUGCCAGAUAACGGAGCGUUCUUCGUGAACUACGUCAUCGCCUCGGCAUUCAUCGGGAACGCCAUGGACCUGCUCCGGAUCCCGGGUCUGCUCAUGUACAUGAUCCGGCUGUGCCUGGCCCGCUCCGCCGCCGACCGCCGCAACGUUAAGAGGCAUCAAGCCUACGAGUUCCAGUUCGGAGCCGCGUACGCCUGGAUGAUGAACGUCUUCACCGUGGUGAUGGCGUACAGCAUCACCUGCCCCAUCAUCGUCCCCUUCGGUCUGAUGUACAUGCUGCUGAAACACCUGGUGGACCGAUACAACAUGUACUACGCCUACCUGCCCUCCAAACUGGACAAGAAGAUCCACUCAGGAGCCGUCACCCAGGUGGUGGCCGCGCCCAUCCUCUGCCUCUUCUGGCUGCUCUUCUUCUCCACUGUACGCACAGGUUUCGAGACGCCGACCUCCAUGUUCACUCUGGUUGUUCUGAUCGUCACCAUCGUGGUCUGUCUGUCUCACGUCUGCUUCGGACACUUCAAGUACCUCAGUGCUCACAACUACAAG